CCCGCUCCGGGCCGCGAGAAAAUGGCGGCGGCGGCCACGGCCUCAGCGCUGGGCCUGCGGGCGGCCGCCGUGUCGGUGUCGCCGCUGCUGCGACGAGGCCGCGGGCGGCGGCGGCGGCUCCGGGGCGGCCGCGAGGGGAAGCGGGAGGAGCCGGACGCGGCCGGCGGGACCGGGAGCCGCUGCGCCUGCCUGCCGGGCCCGGAAGGGGAGCCGCCGCCCGCCCACGCCGAGCAGCGCUUCAUAUUCCGGGCACCCAUCACGCUGAACAAGUGCGGGGAGCUUCACGAGGAAUACCAAAGCCAACGGCGGAAGCUGAGAGAUGAAAAGUUGCAGGACGAGAGAACUCCGGAGGAUUUUAUUCACAAGCUGAUUUUCGAGGAGGCGGAAGCAGGGAGGCGAAAAACAGAAGACCAGAAGAAGGAGGAGUCUUCGGCGGUCAAGAUGACGCAGGAACACUUUCCCGAGCGCCUCUCCGAUUCUGAGAACGAGGAACCGUUCCAGGCGAAAUCUGGCCACCGGUCGGCCUUCGUCUCCAAGGGGAAUUUCUACUCGCUGACGCUGCUCGCUGGAAACUUGGGCUCCAAAGUAGAACGCAGCCAGAGUUGUAAUGACACCCUUCGUGAGAGAUCUAAGAGCAGACAAAGAUCCGUGCCCGUCAGAACAAAGGUCAAUCCGCUGACGAACGUGUCCACCCCCGUGGCUGGCGUUCUGUCGUCUACUCAGAACAAUCGCUGCCUCUCCGCCCCGGACUUGACAGCCGAUAAGCGGGCCGCGCUCGGCCCUGCUGCUUCCCUCUCCAUCCUCCCGAAGCCCGAACGGUCCAUCAGCCCCGAGAGCAACGACAGCAUUUCGGAAGAGCUCAAUCACUUUAAGCCCAUCGUCUGCUCGCCCUGCACCCCCCCAAAGAGGCUUCCCGACGGCCGGGUCCUCAGCCCGCUCAUCAUCAAGUCGACUCCGCGGAACCUGACGCGGAGCCUCCAAAAGCCCACCACCUACGAAGCCAGUCCCCGGAUUCUGAGAGAGUGGGAACAAAUCUUCCAGGAGCGUCAGAUCAAAAAGACCCUCUCCAAAGCCACCCUUACAUCUUCGGCCCCAGAAACGGGGGAGGAUUUUCUCGUUCCCAGCGUGAACUCGCUGAACGCCCUCAAAGAACCCUCGCGUGCGUCAAAUGACUUUUUGGUCCCCGAGAGGAUCGUUCGCACACACGCCGAGUCGGAUUGUUUUCCUUCCCUCUGUGGAGCGAAACUUGAAAGCUCCGGCGAAAGUCCCGUCAAAGAGCGUGCUCUGGAGGUGGCAGGCGAUGGCCCCUGAGCGUUACAAGGCAGAAACCCGUGGAGACUUUCACCUGCUGCGCCAGCAGUGCCCGUGGGCCUCUGGACUCCAGAAGACUUCACGCCCUUGCGUCUGGUUGGCUCCGGUCCCGCUGCCGGCGCAAAAAUGGGAACACGGAUGGCAGUCGGAGUCCGUGCGGCUGUUCUCGAGAACAGUCGGCUUGGGCCCUCUGUCAACGUGGCCAGGAAGAAGCAGCUGAAAUACCUGAACGAGAGCGAACGGGGCAACUUGCCGAACGGCAUCUGCCUGGAGAGAGUCCGUGGCGAGGAGCCUCCCUCUCUGCAGCGGGGUCGGAAGAGGCAGUGCAAAACGAAGCACUUGGAACAGAGCUGCCCGGCCAAAAGACUGAGGCGGGGGGCACGGGGGGCAGCCCAGCCCCUCAGGAGAAGCCGGGCGCAGCAGAAGCGGCGGCAGGAAGAAGAAGACUGGCGGCUGGCGUUGCAGCUCCAGUGGAAAUUCGACCGGGAGAACAGGAGGGUGGCCAGGCGGAAAGGGAGAACGGAUCAGUAUUUCUUGCGCUCGAAGAGCAUCGUGGGUGCCAAAUAGAGCACUUGCCAAAACAGUGUUGCCUUCUCUAAAUGAUAAGUGAGGUUGAGCCGAAGGAGCUGGGCAGGAAGAGGUGCCGCUUGCUUCCCCUGCCACCGACGUAUGCAUUUCUUUUGGAUUAUUAGAGGCGUUCAGUCCAGUUCACGAGGGAGCCUGAGUCUCCGCACAGGUCCAAGCCAUGCUUUGUGUCUCUUCCUGAAGCUGUGUCUGAUCCUGUUCAGUUUCGCUCACGAGAGCACUUUGCAGUUUGCUCUCCAGGGAAAAGAGCUACUGUAGAACCGGGCCCGGACCAAGCAUCUUAAAACGCUCGACAUUUCACCUCUUUGCGCACAGUCCACAGAUCUUUCCCCAGAACUCUUGAUUUAGCCAGGUUUGGAUGAUCGAUAAGAGUAUGAGUCGACAUUCUUUCAGAAUUCCUGUUCUCAUUUCUAACAAUAUUUUUUUUUUGCCGAGAGUGACAUUUUGUUGCCUCCAGAGCCGCUUUGUGGCUCCAGACGGAGGUCAGCCGUUGAGCUAUGGAUAUACAGAAGUGUAUUUCAAUAUACUGUGUCUUGUACCUGAA